AUGGCAGGAAACGCUACCAACGACCUACAGCAUGUUGUACAACAAACAGUGCCUGGAGGCGAAACCGUCGACCCAGUAUCCGACGAUGCCGACUCCGCAUACGGGGAUGUAGUGUCCGAAACGGCCUCUUUGACUUCUAGCAUCAUGAAGGGCCGCUACGAAAACGGAAGACGCUACCAUGCGUACCAGGAUGGAAUUUAUAUGUUUCCGGACGAUGAACAAGAACAGGAUAGACUUGAUAUCAAGUACGCGUCGUUGCAAAAUGUGUUUAGCGAUAAGAUUGUAUUUGCGCCAUUGGAGGACCCACAGCAGAUUCUGGACAUUGGUACGGGGACUGGCAUAUGGGCGAUAGAUGCUGGCGAACUUUUCCCUGGUGCAACAGCACUCCGAUAUGCAAAACCACUGACGCACCUCAGGGUACCGCCAAACGUCAAAUUUGAGAUCGACGACGCUGAACAAACCUGGACCUGGGACGACAACUUCUUCGACCUGGUCCACCUGCGGACCAUGACCGGCUGCAUACGAAAUUGGGACAAGCUUUUCGCUCAAGCAUUCCGGCACACCAAGCCAGGCGGCUACAUCGAACUCCAAGAAAUGGACUACAUGGGCGUCAUCCAAGAAACCUCUCGCAACCCCGGUACCUCCUUCGUCACAUGGUGUACCGAGCAAGGCAACGCCGGGAAGAAAGCCGGCAUCGUUCUGCGCACCAGCGUCGAGACGUUGACUUCCGCCCUGCAAAAAGCCGGCUUCGUGGACUGUCAGGUCUUCGAGUUCAAGCUGCCCAUCGGACCGUGGCCAAAGUCCCGGCGGUUACGAGAUGCGGGUUUGUUGCAGCUGAGUGCGAUGCUGGAAGGUAUCGAGGGUUUGAGUUUGCGGCUGUAUACUUUCUAUGCAGGCUGGAGUCUGGAUGAGUUGAAGGUUCUGCUAGCCAAGAUUGCUUUGACGUGGUAUGUUGUGGCCGGUGGCUGUGAAGUGGGGCUGUUCACGGACCCUGGUGCUGGAGUCUUUGUGGGGAUGAUGAAGGGGCCGAAUAGCGAAGUGAAUGGAGCGACACGGUCAUCUGAGGCUUUUGCGACGGGCUUGGAGGUUGGUGGCUUUUUGGGCGGAGAUGGUGAGCUGUCAGGGGGUGUGGGGGAAGACAUGGUCGUGUGGUAUAGCAUUAACACCUCCCUCACUGCUAUUCGUGCUGCGAAUCAUUUCGGAAAGAUUCCAUUCAUGUACAUAUCGGAAACCCAAACCACCUCACUCUUCUUCCGCAUCUGCAAGCCACUCUGCAUUCCCAUCGUCCCAGUCACCACCCAUCUCAUCAUCUCCCCCCUCUUUCUCCUUCUCUACCUGAUACUUCAUCACGCACUCAUAUCCCUCCACCCCUUUUGGCUUAAAGACCUUACACGACAUUCUGCCUUUCCCGUACUGAGCCCAUUGUUUGCUCUCUUCGUUGACCAGGAGAGCAUUGAUGUUUUCAACGAUUUUGACGAGUUCGGCCUUUGCUUCUUCUUUGGUGGCGAAGGCGCCUGA